AUGGGACUUGCUUGCACAAAAACAUCGACUGCAUCAAACGCUCCUUUGAUUAAUACAACUGACACAAGUCAAACUGGACCAGAUGCAUCACAAUCUAGCCUUGAUAUUUCUGCUAAUAAUAAAUGGACACCGAGUGGAAUUACAGUGGCUGGAGGAAAUGAAGAAGGCAUAGAAUUGAACCAACUCUUUCAGCCAUGGGGCUUGUAUGUAGAUGAUGAUUUGACUGUUUACAUCGCUGAUUAUUGGAACCAUCGUAUUGUGGAAUGGAAAUCUGGAGCAAAAAAUGGUGUUGUAGUUGCUGGUGGAAAUGGAGAAGGAAAUCGAGCUGAUCAGUUAUGUGGCCCAACAGAUGUGAUUAUUGACCUGAAAGGAGAUAAUUUCCUUAUUUGCGAUCACGAAAACAGACGUAUAGUACGAUGGCCUCGACGAGAAGGAAAAAGUGGAGAGACGAUUAUUUCAGACGUUCAAUGUUUCAGUAUAACUAUGGACAAACAGGGAUAUCUUUAUGUUCCUGACACAGACAAGCAUGAAGUAAGACGUUGGCGAGUAGGAGAUACCAGUGGAGUAGUCGUAGCCGGUGGGUGUGGAGAAGGUGAGGGUCUUAAUCAACUCAAUUAUCCCAGAUAUGUUUUCGUUGAUCAAAGCUAUUCAAUCUAUGUAUCAGAGCACGGAAAUCAGCGUGUGACUAAAUGGUUAAAGGGUGCAAAAGAAGCUAUUAUUGUUGCUGGAGGUCAAGGUCAAGGAGAUGAUUCAUCACAAUUAUCAAAUCCUGAAGGCGUCGUCGUUGAUCAAUUAGGUACUGUCUACGUAGCGGAGUCAGGAAAUCAUAGAAUCGUUUGCUGGCCCAAGGGAAGUAAACGUGGAAAUGUUAUUUUGGGUGGAAGCGAUAGUGGAAAACAACCAAACCAACUUUAUUGUCCCAUUGGUUUAUCCUUCGAUCGCUGCGGCAACCUGUAUGUUGUCGAUAUGGGCAAUAAUCGCACACAGCGAUUUAAUAUCAUUCGAAACUCUUAA